AUUAAACGGUUCACCUGAGAGAAGGUACGCGAAGUUCCGUCAUUAUCCGAACCAACGAAUUUACGAAAACCGAAAUAGUCGCACGUACUUCCGUCUCGAAGGAAAAAAGGACGGGAGAUCGCGAGUGUAGAGUGAAAGGAAAGCAGAUACAACGUCUCCCGCAACAUAUCUGCGAUCCUCGCGAAGAUAAAGAUAAGUCCGUCUCUCUUUCAUCCUCGGCUCCCGCAGUUUCAAUUCACCUCUGUUCCUCCUUCGAAUCCGCGAAUUGAACCUCCGAUCCAGAAGGUCCACGGUACCACGCCAAAAAGUUCAUUCCUUUUCUCUCGCCUGUCCGAGUGACGCAAACGCGUCCUCGGCACGUUACGGCCGGAAGAGAGAGAGAGGGAGAGGAGGAGGAAGAAGGAGGGAAGACGCGCUCCGUGAACGCAGCGUCCCGCCGGGUGCCGCUCGGCACGCGCGUCUCGGCGCGCGUGCGCCGCCGCGCAGUUGACCUUGACGGCUGCGUCGACGGCAGGCGGCCGCAAACGCUUCGGAAAGCGGCACCUCCGCCGCCGGUGGUGGCUGAGAGCAGCGGGGAGAGAGGAGAGAAGGGGGCGGCAGAGCUCUGUGUAGAGCGGAGCGCAGGGGAAGGGAGGUACCCAGCGCGCGUUCCGUGUCGCCCAUUGUUGUCCUCGUCGCGCGUAAUGGCCACCGCGGGCUUUCGUUAGCGCGUCGCACGGUACGCCAUAUCGCAUCUCGGCCUAGCCCGUGCCACGGAUAACGCCGCGGGUCGCGUCCGGUCGUCGAGGCGCGCGUUCGACGUUUCCCUUACGCCGUCGUCACCGUCGUCGCCGCCGCCGCCGCCGUAGCGAGGCGCGGACUUGGGGUAUAAUACGAGUGAGCGAGCAAGCGAGCGCGAGCGGUGGAAGCAGGACGGUGAGCGGGAGCGGGUGAGAGGGAGCAACAAGGAGGAAACGACGUACGCGACGAGGAAGGAGCGGCGGCGGCCGCGCGCUUCGUACCCACAGUCGCCGCAACCGCCACCGCGCCGCUCUACGCGGCCGACCAUGAUUUGCGCGGGCCCGACGUUGACAAGCGUGUGACUCCGAAGGUGAUCGUUCGCGCGCGCUCGAACCGCGUGCUGAAGCGCACACGAGCGCCUGCUUGGGCGAGCCAAGCUGAGCCGAGCCGAGCCGAGCCAAGCCAAGCCAAGCCGAGGCCGAGUCGAGUCGAAUCAAACCAAGCCAAGCCAAGCCAAGCGGACCCUCGAACCGAGACGAGCCGGAGUAGGUGAACGAGAAGCGGCGCAAGACACCGGAGCGAGCGAGCGAGCGAACGCCCGACCGUCGUGAUUUUGGAUGACGCGGUCCAACGUCAGAAGCCGCCACCGCCACCAUCGCCGCCGCCGCCGCCGCCACAUGAGGGAAGCGUCGUCCAUCGAGGCACUCGGCGAAAUCGAACGCCAUUGAUUUCUCGCGCGGCAUUUCUCCAACGAGCGCGUACGAUAAGAGCGUCUCGCGAGCGCGGCACACGACACACGGUGGGAAGAGAGCGUGCUUCUCCCUCCUCCGUAGAUGCUGGAAGUGAGCCGCGUCGUGUGUUACUACGGCGACGUGCACGCGCACUCGACGAGGUGGUGCGCGAGGUCGAGGUCGUCGUCGUCGUCGCCGCCGCCACCGCCGUCUUCGUGGUGCCCGCGCCGCGCGGCAGUUCGCGCCGCCACCGCCACCACUGCUGCCGUCGCCGCCGCCACCGUCAUGGCAACUAGAGGAUCGUCGAUUACCGCACGGCAGCCGGAUUAUUAACCCCGCGGCUCGUCGGACUAUUGCACGGUCAAAGGCAAUACAUCAAUGGCCCUAGAAUCAAAUGGCAACAACGUGGUGUGGUUGAACACAACCCGUCCUGAUCAGAUACAGCAGAGUCAACCAAUCGAGCAGCCAUUGAAGUGUUCCAUGUUUACUCAAACGGAACAAACUAACAGUUUUACUCAGACGGAACAGAGUAAUUCGAAUUACGGAGAUCAGAGACAGCAGCAGCCAGCAAUGUUUGACCCACAGCAGAUUCAGCAGCAGCAAGCUGCUGCGCAGGGUCAGCAGUCGCAGCAGCAGCAGCAGACCCAGCAGAUGUACGUCACAUCGGACAAGAAGGAGGACAAGUCUCAGCAGCAGCAGCAGCAGCAGACGACCACUGCCGAGUUUCCCUCCUCCUUCUACUAUAACGUCAACAUGUUGCAGAAGGUUCAGACAAACGCGGUGAGCACAAUCAGUGCAAUCACCGAUGACAAGGGUUGUUACCGUUUCGAUGUUCAACCUGUCGGUUAUAAUACAUUGCUGAAUCAGAUGAGCAUUGCCGCCGCCAAUGCGACCUUCAAGUGCGAGAUUUGCGGGUUGGUCUUCGGGCACAUGAGCCUGCUGCAGCACCACAAGCGGAUCCACACCUCGACGCCCAGCAAUCUGCAGCAGCAACCGCAGCAGAUUGUGGUGCAAACACCGACAACAGUGACUGUCGCCACCACGCCGGACAGACCAUACACUUGUGACAUUUGUGGAGCGUGUUUUGCAUUACCAGGAGAAUUGAAGAGUCACAAAACAAACAUGCAUCAGAAACCUAAGGUGCAAAUUUGUGAGGAUUGUGGCAGUGAAGACCCAUGCGAACAUCAUCCAACUAAAGUUAAAAAGACUAUCAAACCUGGUCAUCAUCCUGUGAAACGAAGGGGUGUCACCAGUGUCACCAAGUGUCACAAAUGCAACGGCACAGGAAUUAUUUUUAUUGGUAAACACGACGCAAAACUAGAUUCCGGAAUCAGUUCCCUCGCAAAGUGUGGCGGCUGCAAGGCUACAGGCCGCAUCGUCAUAGGAAGUGGCAAGCAAAACAGUCAAAAUCAAGCGGAAAAACCAUUUCAUUGUAAUGUUUGCGAUGGUACAUUCUCUCGAUAUUCUUCACUCUGGUCUCAUAAAAGACUUCAUUCGGGAGACAAACCAUUCAAAUGUGAAGUUUGUGGCUUAGCCUUUGCAAAGGCUGCCUAUCUGAAGAAUCAUGGAAGAGUUCAUACAGGUGAGAAACCGUUUAAAUGCAAUGUUUGUGGCAUGCAGUUUUCGCAGAGUCCACAUUUGAAGAAUCAUGAACGAAUUCAUUCCGGUGAGCGACCGUAUCAGUGUGAGGUUUGCGAAAAGACGUUCGCCAGACACUCGACACUCUGGAAUCACAGAAGAAUUCACACCGGCGAGAAGCCAUACAGGUGUAACAUUUGCGGUUCCGCUUUCAAUCAAGCCACGCAUCUCAAGAAUCACGCAAAAGUCCAUACUGGUGAAAAACCGCACAGAUGCGACAUAUGUGAAAUCGGGUUUUCCGAUCGUUUCGCGCUGAAGCGUCAUCGUGCCAUUCACGAGAAGUAUGGCCAAACAGCGCGAAACCCGAAUACGAACAACGCUGCAAACGCGCAGCAGGCCAACGCGAGUAGUCAGCAGCAGCAGACGCAGCAGCAGCAACAACCGCAGCAGGCGCAGCAAGGUCAGGUUGUGGUCGUGAAUGCGACCACUCCUGUCACCGUCAGCCAAGGGCAAGGCCAAGUUAUACUCGACGAGGUCUACAAGUGUCAGGUGGCCUUCCCAGAGCCUAAAUGAUUCAGCUAGAGAAUACCUUUCAGGAGCUGGUAAAGAGGUUAACUUUAUAACCUUUUUUUUUUAUAUUAAUCUCAAGAACGGCAAAACCUAUGGAUAUGAUAUAAAAGAUACGGAUUUUACUCUAAAAGAGUCAAGUGAAUCCCGCAUGAGUGACUGAACAGCGCAUCUCUUUUGUGUGUGCGUGUGUGUGUGCGGUCACUUGGAUUCUGUGGAAGAACAUUUGGUGACUAUAACGAUAGAUAUUGGUUUUAGAUAUUGAUAAAAAUUUCCAAAAAAAAGAAAACGAAAAAAGAAAAAAAUAUGGACCGAAAGACUCUGCGUGACAUUACGCGAGUGAUAAAUUUCAUGGGAUGUAUCCUCAGAAGUUUAAUUCGUAAUAUACAAUUGGACAAUUUCUAAAUCGCCAAAAUCAACGAAAUCUUUUUGUGAAGUAAUAAACAGAAGUACGUCUACCUUUAUAUUUUGCCAUUUCGGAAAGGUAGAAAAACAAUUGACUCGUAUGUCGCGGCACAUUUUCGUAUAUAUUAGUUUUCUAAAAAUAAAAUGGAAAAUAUAAUUGUAAUCAUUCUUUCUUACAUAUAUGUAAUAAUCGUUGAUUUGUCCACGAGAACAAAAUUGCUAGACGUCUUGCCAGUUCUUCAUGAUUUCAUGAAUGGCAUUGUGCAAUAGUUCCGACAAGUUUUGCGAUUACGCCCAAUGAAGUGUACUUUCGAAUGAUUGUAAUAACGGAGGAUUGCGGCGGCGCGUGUUUCGGUGAAUGAAAAGCGCAAGUAAUAGAAUUUUUUUUUCUUUUUUUCUCUUUUUUUUAGCAAAUUUAAAAUGUACGUUUGAAGAAUGUCCAAACCUCGGCCCUUCCAAAUUCUUGAUAUCAGCAUGAGGAUAGAUUAUGUGCGUCAAUGUAAAAUUAUGAUAUUUGUAAAGUUUAAAGUAUCUAUUUAGUUUUUCAUAACCAUAUAAAUUAUUUGUGUAAAAAACUGAAAUGAACACGCGAAUGAGCAUACGAAAAUUUCUGUAUGCCACCUGGGAAAUUUUAUACUUGCGGAUAGUGUGGAACGGAACGACAUCGCGAUCUGUGCGAGCCCUCUUCCGUCCAGUCAUUCGAGAUCAGGAAACAUUGCAUUGAGAUGACAACAACGAUCAAGAUCAACGGCGAAGGAGAGAGUAGUGCGGCAUACCUAUAUAACUCGCUGGGGCUGCAAUAAUAACAGUGAAUAUCAACGGGCAAACUAAAUCGUUUUAUAAUUUUAAGAGGCCGCGAACUAUAUGAAUAUAUUAUAACUGACGAAUAGUUGCUAGUUUGUAACAAGUAGUUGAGCUAGAUUAUAUACAUAAAUAUAUAUAUAUUAUAUAUACAUUAAUUUUUAUAUCCCCACUUGUUAAAGCGAUCCCGCACCGUCGCUACAUUUAAGUAUCAAUUAUCACCAAACGAGUAGAUUGUACAUUAGCUUCAUACAUAUGUGAUUGCUGAUUUGUGUGCUAUACAUAUAGUAUAUCAUUUUCGUAGCUGAUAUUUGAUUAUCUUCCUGAGAUGCUUUUGCAAUCACCUCUGCUUCAAACGUGAACAUUUUAUUUUUUGUAUUUUUAUUUGCAAAAUAAUCGUCAUUGAGUUAUUAAUUGCACCCUCUUUACGUUUUUAUAUAAUUUUAAAAGAUUUUAUAAUGUGCGAUUUGCGAAGAAAAUAGACCUAAGUAAAUGGCUUGAGGGUGUCCAAAAUAAUUCUUUUUGCAAAAUUGAUCUAUUAGAUUUUUACGAAUCACGUGAUUACCAAUAAAUUUAUCAUUCAACUUUUACGAAAUCCGAAAUAGGGGAUAUUUCUGUUUUAUUAAUUAAUUUGUAAAAUAAAAGUAAACAAUUAUAUAAUUUUACUUUUAUAUGAUAAUACCUGUUACAGUAUUUUCGAUUAGACUAGAAGCUAUACUGGAUUUUCUUUUCUUAUUUUUGGUUUUUCUGAAAUACAGCUGUCUAAAUCGUGACUCACGAGCAAUUAAUUUUACAGCUCAUUUAUCACCAUUUCGCGUGUUGCAACUUCACCGUGUUUGUAACUUUUAUGAAUUAUAGGAAGGACAACAAAAUAGUCUUACUACACAUAAUGGGUUAGAUAAGCUCCAAUAAAUACGGUCAAAGACAGAGAAACUGUGGUGAUGAUAUAGUGCGCUGGAAAUCGAACUAUCGGGAGUCAUAGAUUAGACAUCUAAGUUAUAAAAUAUGACUCAGUCAUAUGCACAUAUGACAACGCAGCAACGCAAGUUUUACGAAAUGAUCAUAUUUUGUUCUCUUUUUUUCUGUAUUGCGACGAAAAAUAGAAAAAAAAUUAUUUUGUUUUAAGUCGAUGCACGAGUCCAUCUUCCAUUUUAAUUAUGUGACCACGAGGAUGUAAAACAGAAUAAAGAUAAUCUUCGAAUCUUAUACUGAUACAUUUUGCACAGGAACGACGGUUCUUUUUCUUUUUUCUUUUUAUGUUUAUAUUCUGAGAGAAAUCAUCUCGAUAGAUAGUUUUAUUGAAGCGGGAACGUCACACUUCAGUAUUCUGUAUAUUUGAUAGAGUAAGCGCAGAUAAUUUGAUCGUUUCACUGCAGACAGUAUUGUUACAAUUGUCACGCUUCUUUUCGGGAUGGUACUCGCCGAACAACGAGCAUAAAAUCAAAGUUAUUUUUGACGUGUUUCAAAAUAAUUUUAAAUGAAUUGAAUUGGAUACUACUAAUGUUGAAUCAUGUUGAUAAAACAUUAUGUAAUAUAUUUAAUAUCUCGUACCUUUUAAAUUUUUAACGGCAAAAAUUCAUAUUUGCACAUAAAAUUUAAAAAAUUUUUUGUUCGUUUGUUCGUUGCGCACACAUUACUCCCGUAAAACAUUUACGAUUUAAAAACAGUAAUGCAGAAGAGUGACAAUAAAGCGACUCUGGUAUAUUUUACAAUCACGUACUUGUUUUGUAAGAUUAGGAGAAAAUAUACAGUAUUGUACAAUACACAUUUAGCUAUUAAACUAGGCGCGGGGAUCUUUUUUUUUUAAAUACCUCAAAUCUCCGUGAUUCUAUCAUCCGAUCCGAUUAGCGAAGGAAAUUAUUUUAGUUCAUUGUUUGCGAGCCGGUCGAAAAUUAAUCGAGCAAAUUAUUUUAUUAUAAUUGACAUAUCUGUUAUAUUUUAUUUUAUUUUUUAUCAAUCUUCCGCUCUUUUUCUCAAAUUUUGCGGACUCUCCCUCAGGUACAAAAUAUACUUGGCAAGUUAUGUAGCACAUAUCUAAUGUAUAUAUAGAUAUAUAUAUAAUCACACGAUAAUUAUUACGAAGCUCACUUUGCCACAGUUUUAUUGCGUUAUAGGAACUUUCAUUAUGAUCAAACAUUUGUGUAGGACAGUUUGUUAAAUCGGCAAAUGGAAAUAUAUGAAUUUGAACAUGAACAUGCGUUACAACGCUUUUUUCUGCAAAAACACAAAAUUAUAAUAAUCAUAAAACAGUUUGAUGUUCGAAAACCUUUAAGAGAGUUCUACAUCGGAAGAGUUAAAUGUGCAUUUGAAAGAAUAUCAUGUGGAUUCUCGAAAUAAUCUCUUCAGACACAUCGGAUUUUUUCAUCGAUCUCUUCAAGGAGAAUCUGAGAACGUCAAAUCGUUUUGUACAUGCUAACAUGUACAAAACCUAAACUUUAAACUAUUUUGCGAUAAUAUUGUAUUUAAACGGAAUAAAGCGUUAUAACACGCAAAAUUUUUAUAUUUUCACUUGCCGAAGCGUACUAUUUUUUUUAAUUGUAGCCUUUAUCGUCUUGUAUAUAAAUUAUACAUACUAUCGUUAUAAUAUACUAUAGCUAUAUAUGUAAUGCAAAUUAAUCUAGCGAGACAUAACAUGAAUUAAUUUACACGCAAACUGUAACCUUCAUUUGUAUAUAAAAGCAUCGAGACAUGAUUGUUAAUUACAACGAAUAGGAUGUAUGAACAGUAAGAUGCUACAAUUAAAAAAAAUAGUACACUUUGUUGAAGUACUAUUUCACGAACAUAUAAAAAAUCGCGAAAUCAUAUAAAAAAAUGGCAACAAAAGCUUCCUUUAUAUUAAGACGCUAAAUUAUAAGAUAAUUUUUAUCAGACUCUAUGAUUUGCCAAGAUUUCGCGAUCUCACUAAACACACGCCUGUAAAAUAGUACGCUUUGCCAAAGUAUACAAUUUUUUAAAUUGUAUCUUACUGUAUACUACAUAUUUGAUUUAAUUUAAUUAACGAUUACGUUCUCGAUGCAGCCAUCAUGUACGAAUGAAGGUCACAUUGCGGAUUGAUUUGUGUCACGCGUCGCUGGAUUAAUUUACAGUACAUAUCUAUCUAUAACGGUUGUGUAUAUCAAGUCGGUCCUUCAUGACUCAUAAGAUCAUAGUCUCCAUUGAAUGCAUGCUAAUAAUGAGCAUCUUGACAAAUGUACUCCCGGUGGUUUCAAGAGUGAUCAAUUAAAAAUGUAUAGUUUGGAUGAAUUUGAACACGGAUAUUUGGCACAGAGAGCAACACGUGACUCUUAUGCCACGAUUUGUGUGUAUGUAUGUGCGUAUGUGUUCACAUGCAAAUUAAAAUUGUGAAAAAGGCUACAAUUAAAAAUAUUUCAAAAUCGAAUAGGAGGGCUCUAAUCGCGAAAUAAUCUGUUGCAGAAUAAUGUAAAAGAAAAUAAGCAAGAUUAAGACUCACGACGCGAUUUAUAACAAUAUUCUCGACGCGAUGCGCCUUCAAUUAAUUAAUAUUCAUGCGAAACGUAUUUUUUGGAGGGAAAAGUCUCUAUUUUGAUUACAUUGCUAACUCUAUUAAAACUGUGAUCGGACGGUCAAAUUUACACGAUAGUACACGGCUUAAAUAAGCGUCCUCAUCAAAACUUAAGACAAAUAUUCGUAGAACUGUUCAAAAACACUGAGCGAAUAUUUUGCGUUGACGAGCGCGCAGACGAAAAAAAAUCAUUUUUCGAAGAUACUUUUGUACAAUUAUACCUGCGUCGGAAAAACUUCUUAAUUAAGGAUCCGAGAAGAAACUGUAAAAAAUAACCGGAAGCGAAGUGUAUGAGUGUAAUUACGAAUUAAUUAUGCGAGUCAGUAAUUCUAAAUAACUUGUCGAGAAUUGCUGCAGAGCAGAUACGCGGCACUAUGUCUUAUAGAGCUAUUAUUAUUUCAUUAUUAUUACAUUAAUCGUGUAAAAUAUCUUGCAAAUCUAUUUUUCCAAUAGCUUUUAAUUCAGAUUGCAAUUACGGCGCGGCAAGGUAUGCUGCGAUCAUGCGAUUUUAAGCGGUGUGUCUUCCCGCAGCAAUUCCACGCUUCGAAAUAAUAUUUCGUAGGCGAGGAACUCGUAGAGCUUCCGUUUUAAUCAAAAUCGUCUGGAAGCGUCUUCCUUAAUCUCAGUGUUCUGUCUGAUUUGCCGAGAUUUCGCGAUUUCGUUGUACAUACAUGAUGGCUGUAAAGCAAAGAGACCCAUGCCCGAGAGGUCCCAGAAAUAUUUUUUUUCAUCCGCUAUUUUGCCGCUAUUCUCGUGCAUCCGUAUCGAAACGUAAACAAAAGCCGCCGAGCAUGUCGUACGAACGAGCGGUUCGCCGAGGAACGAUAAUGUAUAAUUUUGCAUUGUUAAGGGUCGAGGUUUCGGAAUGACGUAAGCCGUAUAUCGCUUUUCCGACACAAUGUAACUUGCGUUGAAGAAUAUCACGUACGAAUCGCCCCGUAAAUCCCUUCGAACCCACAUCCGACCUUUCCAGCGUGGAACUCUCUUAAAGGCCUGAGAACGUCAAAACCGUUUUUGCGCUUACCGUAAUUUUGUAUUUACGCAGAUUAGAGCGUCGUAACGCGCGUCCGCGUCCGAAAUUGUAUAUUUCCAUUUGCCGAAGUGUACUAUUUUUUUAAUUUUAGCAUCUUACUGUUCUAUAUACCCGACUCGAUGUAAUUAACGAUCAUUUCUCGACGCAUUCAUCAUGUACGAAUGAAGGGGGUCACACCACGUGCUGAUUGAUUUGUGUCACGCCUCGCUGGAUUAAUUUACGAGAUAUAUACAUAUAUAUCUAUCUAUAACGAUAGUUAUAGUAGUGAUUUUUUUAUAAUAAAACACGUUCCUAAUAAAUUAUCUGUUCUUCAUAUGUCGUACGAAUAAGCGUAAACGAUUGUAAAGGCGAUACCGAGUACUGUGGAUAUCGUUACCUGCUGAAUGACGAAAUGUGUAAAUUAGGAUUAAACGGCCUCUCGUAACGUAAGGAAGACUAAAGAGCCUUUGAGGAGAAGUUUGCAAUUUUUUCUAAGCUUAUCGGCGCGUUUAUCGCGUGUAUACGACGACACACGUGUGAGCUUAACUUUAUUUGCCUCUCUCUCGAGGAACAUUUUAAUAAUUGUAUAAAAAAAAAGAGGAAGAAAGAGACGAGGAACUCGCGAUAUCCGCACGAAGUAAAGUGGACAGGAAACGUGCUGUGUUGAUAUAGAAUGCCAUCGCUACGACUACCCUGUCUCGGAUGUACUUUCUACCGUUAGUUUUACGGGAAAUACUGAAUACCAACGUCUUCUUUUUAACCCCCUACCUCCAUUUGAAUUUGUUUGAUUCAAUCAUUUUGUAUCGCGUAAGACGACUAUACGAAGGAAGGAUCAUUUCACCAAUCAAUAAACAAAUAAGAAAUUGAUCCAGUCAAUAAACAAAUAAAAACUAAAUAUAAUUACAUUUUUAAGUAAAAAAGAAAUGUAUUUUAAUUAAAUCUAUAUAAAAAUUAGAUGUAAAAAAUAUCAAUUUGCAAUUUGUUAAUUUCAUAUUUUUAUUACAUCGGUCAAUCUAGUGAGUGUUCAACGAUUGGGUGCAGUGAUCCUAUUUAUGAUGGUACAGCCACUUUGAUGUAAGUUCGAAGUCAUCCUCUCGCAUUAUCACGCUCUACCUCUAUUUCUCUGCCUCUUUCUUCGACCCAUCCCAGUCGCGAUUUCUCAAUUUGCAGACGAGAGAAAUCGUUUCCUUUGCCACCGAUAAACUCGUUCGUGUUUAAGCUGUUUUACAUACGAGGGGGAAGAAGGGAGGAAAAAGAAGUCGUAAGGAGGACGUCACAUUUAGAUUAGUCUGCUGUCAAUAUACCUAGAACGAUAAUUUUGAAUGUAACGUGUAUCAUACUUGACUAUCGCUUAGAUAACGUGCAAACCGUACCGAAUAAAGGAAAACUAGUGCACGAUUAUAUCAGACCUUAGGUGAUAAUAAUAAAUAAUGUCCGUUACGGACAUUUUCAUUUUUCAAGGCUCUGGGUGACCUUUAUUUUCGUCGUGUUUAGAUGCGUGCGUGCGUGCGUGCGUGCUUGCCGGUGCGAGCUAGGAGAGAGAAAACACAUACGUGUUAUUUUAUACAUUGAUUAUAUGGAGAGAUAAAACUUUGUAGAAUUCCGAAAGGCCACAAUAA